GUAAGAAAAUCAACUGCCCUGCUUGAUUGGGCUUCCCUGUCGAUGCUGUGCACGACGCCGGCAAGGAAAAUUCCUUCUUAACCACCUGCUGCCCAUCUUGUAGCCUCGCCCUCGCCCCUCAACAGGCCCUUGGGUGUGUAACGUUGUCGUCGACAUUGGUAUACGGUGAACAGCUUUGGUUGUAGGAAGGGAUACCUUAUCCAGAAGCUCUCCUUUUCAGCAAAACAAUAUCCAGGGAGUAGAAGAACUUCCAUUCUAGCCUCCACUCCAGACCUUCUGUGGUCCGACACGCCCCGGCCAGUCAGCCUGCUGCUGCAUAUCACCCCCCCGGCCACCCCUUGUCCAUAACUUGGCAGACCGUCCAUCCUCUGCACUUGCAAAGAACCAGAACUUGGAGCUGAACAAGAAAGCGGGCGGCACGUCAUAAAACUCUCAAAAUCGACCUCGAUCCGACCCCAUUCCCUCUUCAUUCGCGAGUAUCUCGUAUACAGCAGCGUCGGCAACAGUUAGACGGGCAACUGGCGAUCUCGACGAGAGCAACCGAGCACCUUCCCGGCGUCAGCUCCUUGCCCUGGCUGCACCCACCGGAGCGGAACCCCGCUAUCACCUCGUUAUUGACUGGCCUCUGCCAUCCCGGUUCUGCCAAACGCACUUCACAGACCGCCCGCGUUGCACCGGACGACGAGAAAACUGAGGUCAACCCCAGCAACCAGUGCACCGAAUUCAACCUUUAAACCUCAAGACAUCCUUUUACACCUUGACGAAUGCUCUCGUGAUUUCAGUAAGAGAAAGUGGCAGCUCGCAGCAUUGGCCAACCGCGACGGCUAGCUCAGAGCUUCACCAUCCACCGUCUCGACACCCUCGACUGUUGGCUGCUGCUGCUGCACCACCCACUGCACGACAUCCAGACAUUGUACCUCCACGUCAAAAAUAGCCACCCGAUUUCACCUCUUGAGUUCUUCGAUAGCAUCAUCCACCAACCCUCUGCUGUGUACAUGCGAUAAGAGAACCUUGGAGCCACCAUGGAGACCUCUUCACCGUUGGCCGCCAUCCGGCCGGCGCCUCCCACGUUUGGCCAGUCGAACUUGUUUGGUCCGCCCUUGGGUCCCAGCCCCUUGGGUCCUGGGUCUAUGAAUAUCUUCCAACGUCAGAAUCCGGAGUACUUUAACAUCAAGGCCGCCCGAGGCUCUUCUCCCGCGGCCUCGUUGGCCGCGGACCUGUCACAAAACUUUAAGCUCAAUGAAGCCAGUAGCCCCAUGUUUCCGACGCCGCGUCGCGCCCUAUUUACCACGGCCACCAUGAUGGACGGAUUCAAGUCUCGUGAAUAUCUUACCACGCCUCCAUUGGCACCAUCGUCGUCGCCUGGUAAUGUCGACAUGAUGGACAUGUCACCAUUGCCGCAGAAGGGUGCCUUUGCGGGUCAUGUCGAAGUGCCGUCUCCAACACCGAGCAUUCCUAUGAGUGAUGAUAUCAUGAUGGAGUCUCCCAUCCCACAAAAGACUGUCAUGGAUACAUCCAAGGCCGUUGGUGCCGAAGCCCGCAGAAAGCUUGGUUUGAUGCGGCCAUCUCUCAGCCGUGCCAAAGGUUACACUACGGGGGCCAUCCCGGGUCGUUCCAAUGGUGAUACCCAGUUCCCCUCCCUAAAGCUCGGUGGUGAGGUGCAGCUCGGCUCCUCCCCUUCGACCUCGAUGUCGCUGAGCGAAUGUUUUCAGGACUCGCCUCCUCAACAGAGGCGGUCCCUCAGUGCUAAUAGCCCUUGCAUGAUCAUGGCAAGCAAUCGCCCAAGGCCCCAGUUCAACUUGCCUGGUCUUAGCGGUGUCCGCAACGGAUCACCAAUCAGCCACUCUCGCAAGUCUUCGAAUCCUGCCGGCCGGCCGCGGAGGUGGACAACUCGUCGCUCACUGAGCAUGUUUGAAAGCGCCGAGGAGAUUAUGAAACCCAAGGAGCUUGACGCUGCUCUGCCCGACAUCGAGGAAACCCAGGAGCCACUGCUACCGCAUUUCAUGCCCGAAGAUGAACAAGAUAACAUUCCUCGCAUUACCCGCGACACCAUGCUUGAGGUGUUGGACGGCAAAUACAGCGACCAGUACCAACACAAGAUGAUCGUCGACUGUCGCUUCGAGUACGAAUAUGAGGGUGGUCACAUUGAUGGCGCCAUCAACUACAAUGAUAAGGAUCUUCUGGCAGACCAUCUGUUUCGCACUCCCAUGCCAGGGCGCACCCUUCUCAUCUUUCACUGCGAAUACUCUGCUCACCGUGCUCCGCUCAUGGCUCGCCAUAUUCGUUCCCAGGACCGACAACUGAACCAGGAGGCUUACCCGAGACUCACAUACCCUGAUGUUUACAUUCUGGACGGUGGGUAUAGUGGUUUCUUCUCUGAACACCAAGAACGCUGCUACCCUCGGGCGUAUGUCGAGAUGGGCGCCGCUGGGCACGAGAAGACUUGCGAGCGGCUGAUGGGCCGCUUAAAGCAGCAGCGCAAAGGGCUGGGUCGUGCGCAAACGUAUGCAUUUGGUGAUCGGAUCCAGGAUUCGCCAACUGCGCCAGGUCGUACCAUCAGCCGUGAUUGUGAGUUUGCGGACCUUGGGCAAUCGCCACUUGGAGCGGAUCGUGGGCCUCCACGACGGAUGGUCUCUUUCUAA